AUGGGGGCCUUUUCACUUAUAAAUUCUCUCUCUGACUUAAGAAUCAGAGGAAUGACGAGGACACACCUUGAGACCUUUGUUUCAGAUCUACCUGAAGGUAUAUGUACUGCAUUUAUGCUUUCUGGUAGCUUACUGUGUGCAAUUGAUGAAUCUUGGCAAGAAGGUUUGUCUGAGAAUAGGAAAACGGAACAAGAUGAACUGGUCUGGAGCACUAUGUUUCUGCACCUAUCUAACUCCGUGAUUAGGAAAGUAGGAGAAACUAAAAUAGCUAUAGAAUUGUGGACAGCCUUAGAAAAAUAUACCUCACUAAAUCCUUACCAAAUAAAUGUUUUCUUUGGAGACAAUGAGCAAAAGGUAGUUGGUCUACUUAAUGCUUUAGGAGAUAAAUACAAAGAUAUAAGAAAUACUCUGGAAUAUGAUAGGAGUGACCUUACUGUUGAAAUAAUUCACAGUUCUCUUCUGAAUAGAGAACUGGAAUUUAAAUCUGAAUACAAAGAAGUGUAUAAUGUGGAGGGUGUGUCACCAAAACAAAGAACACAUGCUAAAGUCUCGACUUUGGAUGGAGGAGGAGUUACGACUAUUUUUACUGCUUUAGAUCGUGUUGAUGUACUUAGAACUACCAUCAACAAUUGUCAGCUGCAUAUUCCCGAAUCGAAUGCUCUAACGGGUGACGAAUUUAGGAACUUAACGAAUGAAGAGAGAAUGCAAAAGGUGGGUACGAUUCGCAUUCUGGGAAGCUGUACCCCGCAGGAUAAGGUUACUUUACUGAAUUUCUUGAAAGAAAAAGGUGAAGUGGUAGCAGUGUUGGGGCUGCAAACAAAUGAUGCUCCAGCACUAAAAGAAGCUGAUAUAGGGCUGACAAUGGGGAUUCGGAGCUCGGAAAUGGCCAAGGAGUGCUCGGAUCUCAUUAUUUGGAAUGCAGAUUUCACAUUUCUGGUCAAUGGGAUCAAGAGUGGGAGACGUACCUACGAGAAUAUACGAAAAUUCAUCCAAUUCCAGCUCGUAAACAUCAUUUCGAGCUCAUUGGUUAACUCCAUUGCAACUAUAUUUUUGGGGGAUGCCCCCAUGACAGCAAUGGAGUUGUUCUGGUUGAACUUGGUUGUUGCACUUCUUGGAGGCUUGGCACUGCUGACCAUGCCGCCGGCCGAAAACCUGAUGAAAAUGCCUCCGAUCAGAACAUCUGGACGUCUUAUUACCAAUGCCACGUGGAGAAAUAUAGCAAUACAAGUCUCUUAUCAAACUGCCAUAUGUUCGAUUCUUCUACUCAAAGGAAGUGCUGUCCUAGGAAUAAGUGCAGACGCCAUCAAAUCCAUGAUUUGCAACAGCUUAUUUCUCUGCCAAUUAUUCAACAAAAUCAUCGCUAGAGAGCCUGAAAAGAAUAAUAUUUUUGAGAGACUUCAUCAGAAUCGUUGGUUUUGGGUGGCAUUUGUUCUUUUUCUGAUGUCUCAGGCAGCCAUGACAGCGACCGAAAAUGUUCUUGGCAUUAGUGCGAGUUUGAGCUGGAAGUUGUGGGCUUUAUGCAUUUUAAUUGGUCUCGUCUCGUGGCCGCUUGAUUUCGCAGGGAAAUGUGCUUCAGAUUUUCAUACCAGGUGUUUGCUGCAGAUUAAGGCUGGAAAUGAGGGCGAUGAUACUGAUAUCAGAACAGCUUACCAACCGGGUUCAUUUUGCGAACAUAGUACUAUUGUUGAAGAGGCAUUAUUAAAACAUGAUUUGGAGUUGGUUAUAUUGGGAUUAUGUUAUCACAUUGAGAGAAAUAUCAAUGCUUAUUAA